AUGUGCUGUGGGUUUCGCGCUCUCGAGUUUGCUCUCAUUUGGCUGAGUGCCUGGUCAGCGGGCAUGGUUGCGGUGGCUAUCUUCCAGAUUGAAUCAAUGCAAAUAAACGGCCAGCGAGUGGGGUCUUCGGACGGCUACGAGUCUGAUUCUUCAUUGGACUCGUUUUUUAAUUGGUAUGCACUCACCAUUGCGUUGAGUUUCACGGUGACGGUGAAGAUCGUCAUGUGUUGCUGGCAUUCCAAAAAUUGUAUCAAAGAAAUGGGGCGCCGUGCCUAUAUGCUCGGGUUGAGCCAAGUUGUCAAAAUUUCGGUCAUGGUUAUCUCGCCUAUCAUUGCCUACAGAGCGAGAAUGAUGAAACUAAAAACUAAUGAGGAACUCGAAGUCGGAAUGUGUUUGUUCACCUGCGAGUUCCUUAGCGCCGUGAUUGAAUUCUCUCAAGCCACGCUAAUCCAAACGACAAAAAAAGGUGCGAGAGUGUGGAUCAAAAACUUUGCAGAUUUUACUUCGGCACAGAUGAUCGCAGCGCAGUUCUUCGAGAUCGAGCACUUUUACUUUCUAGUAACCGCUCUUAUGGCAAGUUUCGUCAUUGCUACUUGUCUGGCCCGCAAGUAUGGAAAAGAUUCAAGCGAAUACGAAGCGUACGUCAUUUGGGCGGGACUCGGAGUUGGACUCGUUGAAGGAUUGGUUGUUCAGGAGGCAGUAUUCAAGGACCAAGAUGAGAUUUUUAAUUAUGCACUUCUCUUUGCGUUAACGUUGAUUCUCCCUGCCAUCAAGAAGAAGUAUCACAAGGUGGAGAUUCCGGAUGGGUACAAGUUCUCUUAUCACAAGUCGCAAGAUACGCCUAUUCACGGCGAACCUUCGUGCCAAACCCCAGCAACGGAGUAUACUCAAGCACCGAACGUCAUUAUUUGA